AUGAGUGAAAUUCAAACAAAUCCAAGUCCCAUAUAUAAUUCUGAUGCCAAAGCUAUCAAGUAUUUUCAUCAUGCAAGAGGAAACGCAGGCAAGCUUGAAUUGAACGUGGAUUUAAUUUCUGAAGAAUCUGAGCGAAAAGAAGUCGAUUCCCUUCCAAGUGAACCUCAAAAUGAAUUUUCAACCCAAAAAUCUCCAAAAGCUGAAGCAAGCUCAACAGGAAUUGAAGAUAAAAAUUCAGAGCAAAGCUACCAUAAAACUGCCUCUUUGGAUUAUUCGUUUUCUGAAGACCCAAGCAACUUGACGUACAGAAUAAGUGAUUCAGCAUCAGGAUUUAAUAAUUCUUUGGCUGAAAGAUUUCCCAAGUUUACAACGGCAUCUUUGACUUUAAGCGAAAGCUCAAGCAUGCCUCCUUCAAAUGAUCUGAAUUUUAGGAGUUCUCUUAUUGAAUACCGAGAAUCAAUAUACUCGUCUAUAAUAAGGCAAAAAAUAUUUUUUUAUUGAAAAAAUAGAUUUUUAGAUGGAAAAUAAUUUGUAAAAAGGAAUAGGACAAGAUUCAAACCCUUUUGAUAUUAUGGUAACUGAAGAGGAAGAGCACAGCGACGAUACUAAUUUUGGGAAAAUUGACAUCGAGACACCAGUUAAAUCUCCAGAAGGAGAAAAAUUGGUACUUCAACAAAUAAAACAGCAAUUAAAUUUGAAAGAUAUACUUAGAUUUACAUUUCUAAUCAAAAUUCUGGUGGUUACAGAUCAGAACGAUCGAGCUCAUCCGAGGACGUCUCAGCUACUUACAGAACUAUUGUGAUGUUCCCAUUCUCCAGGCUCCAGAGUCCUCCUUUCCAGUUGUUGCCGGUGGAUCGUGGAUGACCCGUGCAAUUCGAGUAUGUAGGUUUAGGACUGGCCGCUACUUGUUCCAUCUCAGCCUUCAUUGAUCCUACUCCAGCCCCUUUGUCUUGACCUCUAAUCUAGUGGUCACGUGCUGCGUUAUGCAAAACCACCUAUAGAAGAAAAUAUUAAAGAUAUCAACUUAAUUAUUAUAAAUGACGAAGUAAGUGGAGACGAUUUAGAAGACUCUGAUUAUAUGCCACAGAAUAAUGAUAAGAAACUGGAUGACAGCUUUAAAAUGAUGAAUAGCCGAAUAAUUAAAUAUAACACCGAAAGUAAUGAGGAAUCGAAAAAUAAUACAUUGCAGCUUGAGGACCGAGGGCACAGCUGUGGAUGCAAUCUUUGCAUUAUUUUUUAA